UAGAUCCACAUACGUGAAGGGUGUACUGGAGAUGCGAGUAUGACUACUGGGACGUUAUCAAAAAGUUAUAUGAGGACGAGGAGCCGGUGUUCACCUAUUAGUGGUGCCGUUGUAGUAGUGAUGGACCCAGGCGAGGCAGAGGAGGACCCUUGGGAGGACUACAGUCACAUCAUUCCCUCACCCUACCCAUCGACACCUCGCCAGUAAGACUUGCUGAAUCACAUCAACUGGCCUGAUUUGGAUCUUGAUGAAAUAAAGGAUGAUUUGGACUUGCACGAUAUCAAGGAUUUGGGGCUGGACCUGGGGGUUGGGGAAAUGCUGGGCGGCCCCAUCACCCCGGGCACUGGUGUAGCUUCAGCACACUCUUUGCCACGCACCAUUAGCCCUUCCACCUUCAUAAACACAAACACCUGUCCAGUGAGUCAGACACCCACUGAGACCAAAGCCAAUGUGCCCCAACAUCUGUCCGUGGUGGGCACUCCCCCAGUGAGGCAGGUGGCACAUGUGGCACCGGCACCACGAGUGGAGGCUCCAGUUGUGAGUGUGUCCCCCACUGCUGCCCCACAGCUGCACCACCUGCUGGCCCACCCCCAGGUGACUGUAGCACCUCAGGCUAACCCAGUGGCACAUGUGACAUCUCAGGGUAUGGCAGUGCAGCAGGUGGCAGCGUUGGCUCCAGCCAAACGGGCCGUCACCACCGUCACCCAGCUGGUGCAGCAGCAGCCAACACUUGUGCAGCAGCUGGUGUUGCCCAAAACAGAAACCAUCACCACUAAUAGCAGUGGUGGGUGUCUGGCAGUGCCCCACACACUGGUGUACAAGACUGCCCCGGCACUCACCACCAUCCAGGGUCUGGAUGUGGUGACAGGCAUCCCAGUGGUGCUGGAGCAUGACCGUCUGCCCUUGGCCAGGGUUGUGAGCCCUGCCGUCAAGCUGGCCACUCAAGGGGUGCCACAGAAAGGGGAGAAGAGGAACUCUCACAAUGCCAUUGAGAAACGUUACCGUUGUUCCAUCAACGACAAAAUUAUUGAACUGAAGAACCUGGUGGCUGGGGAGGAGGCCAAGCUUCAUAAGUCCCAGAUCCUGAAGAAGGCCAUCGACCACAUACACAACCUCCGGGGGCAGAACAGGCGGCUGCGGGCUGAGCUCAAUGCCUACAGGAUGCGGGAUGGCAACCAGAAAAUUACGGACCUACUGGUGGGCCCCUACACUCCUCCACCCUCUGACAGCUCUUCACCCGCCCACUCUCCGCUCUCAGACUCCUCCCUGCCACCCUCACCACAUUCCAAGACAGAGGUGAAGGAAGAGGAGCUUCCAUCCCCAAGCAGCAGUCCACCUUACUUUGUGGCUCAAGCUCCAUCAAUGGCAGAAGGUUCUCGCAUGAUGCUGUGUGUCAUGGUGCUGACGGUGCUGGCCUUCAACCCUCUGGCCUCACUCAGCCCAGCCCCUGCUCGCCCUGCUGUGGGAGAUGUGCCUGGCCGUACUAUACUGGAGGAGCAGUCCCAAGCAGGAGAUGGGUUCAGUCAGCUGUGGUCAUCUGCUGCUGUGUGGUUGGUCAACCUGGCUGUUGUGGCGGUGCUGCUGGUGCGAGUGUUUGUGUAUGGGGAGCCGGUGGUGAGGCGCCGCUCCCAGGCUGCUGACGAGUUCUGGCGCCACUGCAAGCAGGCUGACCAGGACUUGUCUAAGGGGCAGUACACUAGCGCCAGCCAGCAGUACUCCCAGGCUUUGCAAUCUAUCGGACGCCCGCUGCCCACCACCUGGCCAGAGAAGGUUCUGUCUGUGCUGUGGCAAGUGACACGGCAACUCCUGCAGCGCCUCUACCUGGGUCGCUGGCUGGCCAAGUAUGCUGGCGGCCUCUUCCUCCAGCCGUGCGUGAGGGAGGAUGUACGAGGGAAUGUUUGUGAGUGUGCGCGCUUGUACCACCGACUGCACCAGCUGCACCUCAUGGGACACACCUCAGACACCUCUCACCUGCUGGGCCUCUACCUGGCCAUUACCUCUAUCAACCUGGGAGAAAGUGGUCCCAUUGGAGGAGGAGACAUGGCAGAGAUGUUGGUGAUGUGUGCCCUGCGAGUGAAGGAGAGCCUGCCUGAGCCGUGCCGCCUGCUGGCCCGGGUCUUGCUGGGCUUGGCUGGCCGCUCUACCCCUCCCCCAACCUUGGCAUGGCUCUUCACUCCCUCUGGCCGCAGGUUCUUUGCAUCCCACAAGUGGUCUUACAAUGCAGAUCGUCAGUCAAUGUUUACCCGGCUUACAGAUAAGGCAGACCCUCUGGCUUAUCUCCUCCUGCUGUACAGAGAGCACCUACUGGAAUGUGCCAUCACCACACUGGUGAACCCUGGUAACAAGGCAGAGGACGGUCAUGAGGAGGGUGGCUCCCACUCUCGCACCACUACCCCAGAUGUGCUGCGCUAUCUUCACACCCUCCAGCACACCUUCACUGCACCCCCAGGUGCUGCCCUUCAUGCAGCUUCAAGGGAUGAGGUUUGCAGUUGGUGGAGUUCCUUGUUAGGAGUGAUUGCCCACUGGCUCUUAGGUGAAGAUGAUCUGGCUGAGACCCUCUUCUCCACCUUGGAGAACACUCCAGAGUACCUCAGGACCUCAGAAGAUCCCCUUCCCACAGCUGUUCUCUAUGCUGUUAGGGCAAGGCGUCAGCUGGGCCACGGCUCUUUGUCUGUUGUGCUGCGUCUGUGUGAUCGCUCUGGGGCUGCUCUCAGCGACUCCAUCCACCAGGCUUCAUACAAGCAUCCACACUCCAUGGUUCAGAGUGUGCAGCUAAUUGUGGUGGACUGGCUGCUUGGAGUGCGGACAGUGGCCUGGGAAGGGGAGGUGGUGCGAGACUGUGACACACUCACUGUGGCACCACCACAUGUGUUGCAGGGCUUCCAGCACGACCUGGCACUCCUUCGCAAGCUGGUUCAUUACCUUCCUGGUGUGGUGGCCAGAGUGUUCCUGCACGAGGCCACACUGAGGAUGAUGGCUGGUGCCUCACCAGCCAGGACACAGCAGCUGCUCGACCGCUCUCUUCGACACCGCUACAGUCGACCUUCUGUCAUCUGUGGCAAGGAUAAGAAUCCAGAGAGAUUCAGUGGAGAGAGAGAGCAUGCCACUGCCCUCAUGCUGGCCUGCAGACAUCUCCCCUCACAGCUGCUCUCCUCGCCAGGGGAGCGUGCCGGCAUGCUGGCUGAGGCUGCUAAGACCCUGGAGAAGAUUGGGGAUAAGCGGCGCCUUCAGGACUGCUACACAUUAAUGAAGUCCCUAGGCACUGGGGUUUCUUCCUAUGGCUAAGAUGGAUUAUGAGGGGGGGGGGAUGGGAUGGGAGGGAUAUUUGGGAUAGGGAAUGGGGAGUAGGGUGGGGGUGUAUAAAUAAGGAGGGCAGGAUAGGAUGUAGUAGAAUAGAACAAAUUUCUUUAGUUUAAUCAAGAGAAAGAAUGUAAAUAAGAUGAUGGACUUUUCUUUCCUUGAUAUUGUCACAUGCUAAGAAUUUUAUAUUUAUUCAGAUUGAUGUGAUUGAUGAAUCCAGCAAAAGAAAAAAAUGUAUGAUAAUUAUAACUUUAUAAUUGGCUGAUGUAUAAAAGUCAAUAUAGCAAGUUUGUAUGAUUUAGUGUGGUUGAAGGAUGGUGAGGUGCUCAAUGAUGUCACCUAGGGAGAAAAAUGCUGAAACAUGUGCAGCAGAGAUUAAGAAUAUUUUGUAUAUUUUGUAGAGCCGGGAUAAGGAAGGUGUGUGUGUGUGUGUGUUUUACAAAUGAAAGUGGUAACUGGCAUGACCCUCUUGAAGUUGCAUGAAACUGGCAUGUCUAGUGAAAAAUUUAUGAAAAAAACAUUACUUGUGCUGAAGCAUUAUUUCAGUGGCUGUACAGGACAGGACACACUCCAUUAUAAGAAUAGAGCCAAGGAGGCAUGUCAAGUGUUAUGUACGUACCUGCAUUGUAAUAUACAAGUUGGAGCUCAGUAUUGUUUGUUUUUAUAUAAUAAUGAACUUUUAUUUCUGUA